GCAUCGGCGGAGAUCGGCAGCAGCAGUCCCAAGCAGUGCAGGUGAGAGGAGGGGGGGAAGAGUAGGGGGGGAGGAGGCGCAUGUGGAGGAGAGAGAGAGAGACACACACACGCACAGGAAGAGAGAGAGGGAGAGAGAGAGAGAGAGAGAAUGCGGGACUCUUGGAAAAAGACGCAUCUACUACAUUCGGUCCGUCACGGAGACAUCUAACCCGAACACGGGCUGCUCGGGUUUACGCUGGAUUGACGCCGCUGAUGGUGAUGUUGGAAUCUGCUUUCUAGCCCCAAACCUAGAGAGGCUCUCGCGGUUGUUGUUUUUGGUUUGAUGAGGGAAACCAUCUGAAAUAUCAGGAGAAACUGGCCCCCGAGAAGCACUCCUGUCUCCCUCACAACUUACGUGGAGGAAUCCUCCGCCUUGGCACGUUGCUCCACUGCGGAGAAGAAGAAAGGAAGGAGGAGGAAAACGCAGCAGCUCGCUGCUGAAGGUGAGAGGAGAUCCGACAGCAGCAUCCCGAACACUUUUUUCCUCCCAACUGAUCUUCGUCCUGUGCGCUUGGCAGUGCGCUGCUCUUCUUUUGUGUGCUGCUGCAUUGCAGUUUCUAACUGUGAGAAAGCGGCUGUCCCACGUGUGACUGGAAUACACUUUUUGUUAAAAGAACUUGGCAUUAUGAGCUGAUCGCCGUCCUCGCGAGAGAGCGGGACAUCUCUCCGGUUUACCGGGGAAGGAGGGGGGAAGUGGAUUUAAUCAAACGCUGGUAAAUUAGUUGGCUCCUUUUUUUUCCCCUCCUCGCUGCGGGAUGGGCUUUUUGUGGCGUGAACAGCCCCGCAAGACCUUAUUCUUAUAAAAGUUGUGGGGGUGCACUGCAGUGUGAACGGGCAGAAUAAAGAAGCAAAAGCAGCCCGCACCGCCGGGGUGAAAACUGUACGGUGAGAGCGAGCAAGCGGUACCCCCGGACCUCACAGAGCCAUAGAGAAGAAGGUACGAGUCGGGAUAAAUCCAACACCCACGCUGCGAGCCGCGCCGGACCACAGGGCACCAAUACAGAGGAGAGGAGGGAGAGAGAGCGCACGCAAGCAGGGGGAGCCAUGCAGAGGCUUGGCGCAGUGCACUCCUCCGCGGCGCAGGCUCUCAGCCUCGUGGCCCUAGCGCUGCAGAUGCUGACUCAGCUGCCCGGCGCAGACUCAGCCCUCCGGUACCGGGUGGCGGAGGAGGGUCCCCCCGACGUAAAGAUCGGCAACGUGGCCGUUGACCUUGGCCUCACUGCUGGCACGGGCAGCGGGGACGUCACCUUUGCCCUGGAGAGUGGCUCCGAGUUCUUUAAGAUUGACAACGUGACAGGUGAGCUGACAACAGGCCCGCGGCGCAUCGACCGGGAGAAACUUCCGCAGUGCCAGAUGAUAUUUGACGAGAACGAGUGCUUCUUGGACUUCGAGGUGUCAGUGAUUGGCCCGCUGCAGAGCUGGGUGGACCUGUUCGAGGGCCGCGUGGUCAUAACUGACAUCAAUGACAACACACCUUCCUUCCCCUCACCUGUGCUCCAGCUCUCAGUGGAGGAGAAUCGCCCCAUAGGAACCCUUUACCUGCUACCCACCGCAACAGACAGAGAUUUUGGACGGAAUGGCAUCGACCGCUACGAGCUGAUUCAAGAUGGUGCGACCGGGUCAGGUUCCACAAGACGAGUGGCCCCAGGGAAUCCCAUCGCUAGAGUGGAGGGACUUGUGGACCGGAGGGGUAGAAGUGGUGAUAGCGGAGGAGGACCCAGAAGCACAGUGUUCGAACUGCAAGUUGCAGAUAUACCAGAUGGAGAGAAACAACCGCAGCUCAUUGUAAAAGGCACAUUGGAUCGCGAGCAAAAAGACUCCUACGAGCUGGUUCUCAGGGUUCGAGAUGGAGGGAACCCGCCGCGUUCCUCCCAAGCCCUGCUUCGCGUUUCCAUCACAGACGUGAACGACAAUAGCCCGCAGUUUGAGAGGUCCACAUACGAGGCAGAAAUGGCAGAAAAUGCCCCUCCAGGUACGCCCGUCCUCCAGGUCAGAGCUUCAGACCGCGACAUUGGAGUCAACGGGCAGGUGGAGUACGUCUUCGGAGCUGCCACUGAAUCUGUACGGCGACUCCUGCGCCUGGACGAGGCCACCGGGUGGCUGAGCGUCCUCCACAGGAUUGACAGGGAAGACGUGGCGCAACUGAGGUUCACAGUGUCGGCCAGAGACCGUGGUCAGCCGCCCCGCACCGACCGCACCACCGUGAUUUUGGCCGUGCGGGACGAGAACGACAACGUGCCCGUCGUGGAGAUCCGAAAGAUCGGACGGAUCCCAGUUCGAGAUGGAGCCGCGUUGGUGCCAGAGAACGUCCUGGUGGACACCCCUGUGGCUUUGGUUCAGGUGUCAGACCGAGACCAGGGAGAGAAUGGGGCCGUGACGUGCACAGUUGUAGGGGACGUCCCAUUCACCCUGAAGCCAGCUGGGGAAACGGCACUCCCGCCCCUACCUGCAGACGAAGCCUUUGACAGGAAUAAGAAAAAAUACUUCCUACAUACUUCUGCCUUGCUAGACUACGAGGCCACCAAAGAGUACAGUGUCACCAUUGUGGCGGUAGAUUCUGGCAGCCCCAGCCUAUCCAGCAACAGCUCACUUAUGGUGCGAGUUGUGGAUAUCAAUGACCAUGCCCCGGCUUUUCCCCAGAGCGUCGUGGAGGUCCACUUUGCUGAGAACAACUCACCUGGUGAAAGGGUAGUCACUGUUGUAGCCUCAGACGCAGACAGUGGAAAGAAUGCAGAGAUUGCGUACUCCCUUGACCCUGCAGGGAAUGGGCCAUUCUACAUAGAUGCAGAUAAUGGAGAUAUCCGUGCCACGGGGGUUUUGGACCGUGAGCUAAGAGAGAGGUAUGAACUCCGUGUGAUUGCCAAGGACAAAGGCACACCUCCCCUGCAAGGCUCCACCACUGUUGUCGUUCAGGUGACCGACCGCAACGACAAUGCGCCAAAGUUUGUUCAGGAAAUCUUCACAUUCUACGUCAAAGAGAACCUGCUCGCCAACAGGCCGGUCGGCAUGGUCACCGUGACCGAUGCCGACGAAGGGGAGAACGCCGAACUCAGUUUGUUUGUCGAGAUGGACGGGGUCGAUGCGAAGAAGGCCGGUGAGAAAGUGGAUGGCGAAGAUGGCGAGAAAAAGAAAGAAGAGGUGUUUUCCAUUGAAAACAACACAGGAACUAUCUUCUCUUCGGCGUCGUUUGACCGGGAAAAGCUUUCAACGUACACCUUCCGCGUCCGAGCUGUGGACGGAGGGGAGCCUCGUAAAACCUCCACUGCCACGGUUUCGCUCUUCGUGACGGACGAGAACGACAACGCCCCCUCUGUCACAUCCCCGGCCAAUGAGUCCUACACCCUGCUUCCGCCUGCCAGCAGUGCCCGCACCAUCGUCAGGACCGUGACAGCCGUAGACUCAGACACCGGCCCCAAUGCGGACCUUCGCUAUGCCCUAGUGGGGGGGAAUCCCUUCCAGCUGUUUGAGAUCGGCCACACCAAUGGGGUGAUCACUCUGGCUGAAACCCUGGAGCGGCGCCACAGAGGCCUGCAUCGCCUGGUGAUCCGGGUCAAUGACAGCGGGGCACCUUCCCUCUGUGCCAUCGCCCUGGUACAUGUCUUCAUCAACGAGAGCUUGGUCAACGCCACACUUGUGGAUGCUCAGGUGGCCCGAAGUCUCAUGGCUCCGCUGUCCCUGGACAUUGCAGGAGACCCGGACAGCGAGCGUGCGCUAGGGAAACAGCGCCUCAGCGUCGCCAUCGGCGUCCUGGCGGGGGCCGCGGCGGUCAUCCUGGUCAUCCUGCUCGUAGUCACCGCCCGGCAAUGCGGCGCUCAGGGCAAGAAUGGCUACGAGGCCGGUAAGAAGGAGCCGGAGGAGGACUUCUUCAGUCCCCCAGGGGCUCAGCCGCAGGCCAGCCGCGGCAGGGGGUCAGACCACGGGCGCAAACCCCGGCGGGACAAGCGCAACGGAGGCGGCACCAGCGCGGUUGCCGGAGGAGGCAAGGCGGACCGGUCCCUCUACAGCGGAAUUGUGACGGUCAACGGACUGCGUCGGCACGGCAACGACGACGACGAGGAGGAUCUGAGCAGCGCCAGCGAGCGCCUGGCCGCCCGCUACUGCGCCAUGGACGGAGACCCCGGCAGCCCGAGGAUGGGCGGCGGCAAGAGGCACCAAUCCAGCCCGGAUCUGGCCAGGCACUACAAAUCCAGCUCCCCCCUCCCCGCGGUCAACCUGCAGCCCCACUCCCCUCCGGCCGAGGGCAAGAAGCACCAAGCGGUCCAGGACCUGCCGCCUUCCAACACCUUUGUGGGCAGCGGCGGGUGCGUGGGGAGCGCCGGCUCCAGCAGCAGCAGCAGCGGGGGCAGCGGCAACGCCGACGCCAUGUCCCUGGGAUCCGACCAGUGCUCGGAGUAUGGCUGCCAGACUGGGAACAAGUACAGCAAACAGGGGACCCUCCGCCGGGUGACCUUCUCCGUGGUCAGCCAGCCCCAGGACGCCGGCUGCUACGACAGCGGCCUGGAGGACUCGGAGACGCCGAGCAGCAAGAGCUCGGCGGGGCCGCCGCGGCUCGGGGCGCUGCCGCUGCCGGAGGAGGGCUACGAACGGACCACCCCGGAGGGCAGCGUGGGGGAGGAGGAGCACGUGGAGAACGAUGCCAGACAGCUGCCCGAUGUAGCCCUGACAGGAAAGUGCACCAGGGAGUGCGACGAAUUCGGCCACUCCGACACCUGUUGGAUGCCCGUGCGCCCCUCCCCCCGCCAGCGCCACGGCAGCGACCCCCCGCCGCGGCUCUCCACCUUCGCCCCCGGCGACGACAACAACAACCUCCGCGGCAACGACCACGAGAGCGACAGCGAGAGCGCCGGCAGCGCGGGGAGCUCGGAGCCCGGGGUGGUCGGCGGCGAGGAGGGUCAAAGGUUACCCCUGGCCAACGGGGACCCCCUCGGCAGCCUGGGGGACGGAGACCGCAACAGGAACAUGGGCGACCACAACCGCAACCUCCUGAACCGCAAGAUGACCUCGGCGUCCUACGACACGUUCAGCAGCGCGGGCUUCGGGAGGCGCCAGCAGGAGGAGGAGGGUGGGGGGGGGGGAGAAGGCCGGAACCCGGCCGAGGUCAUCCCGCUGACGCGCACCGGGGGAGACUACAAGACCACGUCCUGCCUGACGCUGUCCCGCCGAGAGGUCUACCUGUGACGGCUCCUCGAUCCAAGCGACGCCUCCCUUUUCUCAAAGAGAUAAAAGAAAAAAGUAAAACAGGGAGGGUCAAGACUUUACCGCCGUCAGUCUGGAAAAAGGCCUUUUAAACCGCUUUAAACCGUUUAAACCCGACGAAAGGUGAAAAAAAAAUGUUUUCCAAAAGCCGUAGAUGAAAUAGGACUUCUGGAUUCUGACUACUAUUUAUAGGCACCUAAACUUUAGCAAAAGAGGAUCGACUCUUUGUGAGAGCUCUGAUCAGGAGUACUUUCUAAAAAAAAAUUGUAAAAGUAUUUUUUUCCCUUCGACUGAAGGUUGCCCCCGUGCGAUGAUCCCAUUACGCCCUGGUGGGGAAGGACGACGUCCUCUCCUCUUCUCGUGCAUGCCUGACCCUCUGCCACGGGGUCCGCGUGAACACCCGAGAGAAUCCUGAUGCUAUCGACGCCUUUCACCGAGGAUCCAGCUGGGCGAGAGUAGGACCCCACUGGAGAAACCGUCUUGUUGAAAAAAAAAAAGGAAAAAAAAAGGUUUUAUGCGGCCCGAGAAAAAAAAGAAGAAGAAGUAGAAGCAACGUUCUUGGAGUGAGUUUGUGGAUCUAAUUCCAAACGAGCAGAACGUUCUAACGCCUGAACUCAAAACAGGGUUGACUGCUGAUUCGAACGAACGAAUCACAACGUACCGAGAGUGUGGUGACUGUACAGUUUCAUCGUAGAGAAGAAAAAGAAAAAAAGUGCCGAUCUCUAAAAUCGGGUAUCUUUAAAAAAAAGUAUUCAAAACAAACCGCAACGACGUUAAAAAGACUUUUUUUAAGGUUAAACAAGUGUAACCCCUGGAAACACGAGGUGCUCAUAGAGCGCCUGUAGUGCCACAGAGCUCCGGCGUGUGUGAAAAUACGUGUCAUCCUUCUCGCCUCCACACCCAGUCUGUAUGUACAUAUAUAGCGUAUUUGAUAAGACGGCAGGUUUUUACUCUCUGAUGCCGUAACCCGUUUCCAUUGUGAAGGGUGGGGGGGGGGGGGGCGAGGACGCCUGCCACGCCUGGCCCCCCCCGGCCCCCCUUUCCCAGUGUUCCUGUGUCACAAAUGUUUUCAAAUGCACAUGCACACACCUGCACCCACACACACACACACACACCCACACACAGAGCUGAGCAUGUUAACACAAAGUGGUAGUUACAUUUACAGGAUGUGAACUUGCAUAGGGUCACAGUUUAUGACAGGUGGCAGUGUAUCAUAAGUUAUAUAAUAAUAACCUGCAUUAGCUUUCACACAGGACUCAUUAAGCACACAGACACACACUACUAAAACAUACAGACUCAUAUGAUGUGCGCAAGUCAUACGCACAAUGUGUGUAUUUGCUGUUAAUCAACAUAUUGCCUCUCAUUGAACUAGCUGUAGCAUUUUUGCCUGCCCCCCCAUCCCCCUCCAGACAGUAUUUAAACAUGAUAUGUAUUUAAAUAAUUACUCAUCUCUCUAGCUGACGUUGGACGACAUUAAAAGGGAUUUCAGACAUGUCGUCGACUUAAUGUAACAAUAGACGCUGCAUUCUGUAAGUAGGACUCAAAGAAAAACCAAAUCUCUGCAAGGAAAAAAAGGACUCUGCAUGAACGAAAGAAAAUGCUGACUUUGUCCCUGUCUUUUUUAAACCAUGCGCCUUUUUUAGAUACCACGCCUAUUUGGAUACAUCCGUAUUAUAUGUGUGUGUGUGUGUGUGUGUGUGUGUGUGUGUGUGUGUGUGUGUGGGAGAGAGAGAGAUAGUGCGUGUGAGCGCACGCGUGCUGGAAGUGGAGAUGAGGAGUAAGUCAGCUUCAGUGGAUUAAAUUGUUCCCCACACAAUGGUGGGAGCGAGUUAGGGGGGGGG